AAUACAUAUAUGCAAUACAUAUACCUAAUGCUGAUUAAAAAUGCUAAAUGUUUUGGUUUAAACAGGGAGGAAUUCUGGAAAAACUGGGCAUCUUCCAUAGAUAUUCCAUACUCAGGAUCCUAAACCUAUUAAUUCCAGAAGUGAAGGACCCAAAAAUGAUCACAAGGGAUCUGGUUUUUGAUGGGGUGCCUGUGCGGCUGUACUGGCCCAAGACAUCACCUGCUGGGAACAGGAAAGGAAUCAUCUUUCUUCAUGGAGGGGUUGCACUAUUUGCAAGCAUCCGUAAGUUCUUUGAAAUGUUUCACUUUGUUGUUUGUGGAGAAUUUGGGGUGAUACUUUAAUGUAAAGGUCAUGAAAUGUUUGCUAUGGAGGGGUGGGGGUGGUUUGUGCUGCCUCUGGAUUUUUAUUUUUAUCUUUAUGAAUACUGCUACAAACGUUGGGUACCAUCUCCACUCUCUGCCAAACCAGUAGGAUGGGGUGAUGAGAAUUGUAGUUUAAGAACAGUUGUAGACCCAAGCUUGGGAAACACCGCUCUAAAGACACUCUUUUCCUGAAAACUCACCCCCCCAUUGCCAUGAGUCUGACAACCUCUUUCUGCUCAGGCCCAAGAAUUCCUCGCAUAUGUGCCACCAGCCCCUUUGUCAUGUUAAGGCCUCUAUCCAAGUGAGGCACUGACUUGGAAAGUGUUUUUUCCGCUGGCCUCCAAUCUUCCCUUCAAUACUCCAAAUCAGGCAUAGGCAAACUCUGGCCCUCCAGAUGUUUGGGGCGACAAUUCCCAUAUCCCUAGCUAACAGGACCAGUGAUCAGGGAGGAUGGGAAUUGUAGUCCCAAACAUCUGGAGGGCCGGAGUUUGCCUAUGCCUGCUCCAAAUAAUAAUCAAAAUCCGACCACUUACUAAUUUCUAAGGUUUAGGGCGGUCUCCCCCCAAAUCUAUAACAAUACAAAGAAUAACAACAAACAAUGUCAAUAACCUGUGUCUACACACAGUUUAAAAGGCCAUCUAUUGGUUAAUUAGCCAAAAGCACUUGACGAUAUGAAACGAAGGCGCCAGGUGAGUCUCCCGGGGGAGAGCAUUCCACAAACGGGGAGCCACAACAGUUCUGGGCUUGGGCCCAGAAACAAAUUGGCAGCCAAUGCAGUCACACCAGGAUUGGCAUUAUAUGCUCAAACCACGGUGGGCAACCUGGCUGCUGAAUUCUGCACCAGCUGAAGUUUCUGAACUGUAGGCAGCUUAACAUGGCAGGAUGGGAUUGUGUGGUAAGAAAACAGGGCUGAGCCUUCCUGUUGCAGAGAUGUCUGGUUCUGUAUUAAUUCCUAAUGUCAAGGUCAAUGAAAAUUGCCAAAGAAGGUACAGUGGUGCCUCGCAAGACGAAAUUAAUCCGUUCCGCGAGUGUCUUCGUCUAGCGGUUUUUUCGUCUUGCGAAGCAACCCUAUUAGCGGCUUAGCGGAUUAGCGCUAUUAGCGGUUUAGCGGCUAUUAAAGGCUUAGCGGCUUAGCUGCUAAAAGGCUAUUAGCGGAUUAGCGGCUUAGAAAAAAGGGGGGGGCAAAAAAAAACCUCAAGACUCGCAAGACAUUUUCGUCUUGCAAAGCAAGCCCAUAGGGAAAUUCGUCCUGCGAAGCAACUCAAAAACGGAAAACCCUUUCGUCUAGCGGGUUUUCCGUCUUGCGAGACAUUCGUCUUGCGGGGCACCACUGUAUUUGUGCUUCGCACUUCAAUGGACUUCUAUGAAAGGUCUUCCAGAGAUGGUCAGAAUUAAUUUGAAAGAAGCCCAAAAAUGUGGUCUGAGGUUUGUUUGGUCCUGUUCUGACUUAUUCACGUAUUUAUACGUUCAUUCUGCAUGGAGGGAGUCCAUGGUCAUCUCAAGCAGGGCUUGUUCCCACAGCUGUGCAGCACUGGAGUCAAAGGCAUCUUUCCCGGCCAGCCUUUAGCUAGCCAGUCCAAAAUGGAUCCCAGUCUUUGUUCUUCCUAGCACACCUUGCUUUAAAAGUAUGGAUUUUUUGGUUCUAUUCUGAGUUUUACCCAUUGAAACUGUUGAUCAGGAGGGAACAAAAUGUACAUAAUGGUUUUCAACUAGUGAUGCCCCAUUUAUAAAGGGUUCAGUUCAACUUAGUUGUUGCCAAAGGAGACUCGUUAAAGCUUAUGUGCCUUUUUCCAGGAACUUCUGCAAGGAUCUGCCAUUCGCUUGCCCACGGAACCGACUCAGUGGUUAUGUGUGUUGAGUAAGUAUCUUCACGCUUCAGUUUCUAACCCUUCCACAUGAGCCCAGAAAAUGGCUGAUUUUGCCAACAUCGUGAAUUUGCCAACCUUUAGAAUGGGUGUUCACCUUUGUAUUUUGAUUUUUAUGCCUUUGGACCCAAUCCCUCUGGCUUUAAGCAUAAGAAGCUGGAUCAGGCCAAAGGGGGCCCAACAUCCUGUUCUCACGGUGGCCAACCAAAUAUCCCAAUGAAAAGCCCACAAGCUGGACCCAGACACAGGAGCACUACUCCCAGUUGCAAUGUGCAUCAUCUGGUAUUCAGAAGCAUUACUGCCUGUGAUAGUGGAGAUGGCCCAUCCGCCUUGUGACUAGUAUUCAUGGAUAACCUUAUCCACCAUGAGAGGCUGAUAUGGCUUCUCAAUCUAUGCCAGUUCUAUCUGUUGCGAUUAUCUCUAUCCUGCCUUUCAGGACAAAACUCCUUCCAAGGCAUCAUAUAAGGAACAUUAAACUACUUUUACAUAAACUUGUUAAACGUUUUUGUCCCUCUCUCUUAACUCUAGAAUAUGUGGACAUUCAAUGAAGCUGAAUGCUAGACGAUUCACCUAAAAGAAAGUACUUCUUUACGCAGUGUGUAGUUAAGCUGUGGAACUCGUUCCCUCAGGAGGCAAUGAUGGCCUCCAACUUGGGUGGCUUUAAAAGAGGAUUAAACAAAUGCACACGGUAUAAGACUACCAGUGGCUACUAGCCAUGAUGGCUAUAGCCUGCCUUUGCAGUUGGAGACAGUAUCCUUCUGAAUGCCAGUUGCUGGAAGCUGUGGGAGGGAAGAGUACCACACUACUCAUGUUCUGAUUGUGAGUUUCUCCAAUGAUUGACCACUGGCCACUGAGAACAGGAUGUGAACUAGCAUUAUAUUAUCAUGGAAAACCUCAGGCACUGGGGCUCAAUGCUCCACUCCAGGCCUCUUCAGUUCUCCCUGAAGAGCCAGUGUGGUGUAGUGGUUAAGAGCGGUGGACUCGUAAUCUGGGUGAACUGGGUUCGAUUCCCUGCUCAUCCACAUGCAGCUGCUGGGUGACCUUGGGCUAGUCACACUUCUUUGAAGUCUCUCAGCCCCACUCACCUCACAGAGUGUUUGUUGUGGAGGAGGAAGGGAAAGGAGAAUGGUAGCCGCUUUGAGACUCCUUAGGGUAGUGAUAAAGCAGGAUAUCAAAUCCAAACUCUUCUUCUUCUUCCCUCUGAAAUCACCGCAGACCCCCACCUCUGCACCAUUGCCCCUCUUUUGCAUCCUCCGUGAGUGGCAUCUGCCUGACUGGAAUUUGUCUUGCUUGCGUGAAGGAAGGGGUGCCAACCUGAGUAAAUAUUGCCACCCCCGGUAAGUCCCAUAUUGCAUAAAUGAUCACAUGACGUGGAGCACAUAACCAUUUGAAUGGAAAUGCCAGUAUGCUUAGGGGGACCAGUCUCCUUGGGGGUGCUGAAGGUACCUCAGCCCCAAGUAUGAUGUCAAUGUUGAUGAUAUCUUGUUUUUUCUUUAGAUUUCGUUUAGCUCCUGAGCAUCCGUAUCCAGUCCCUGUACAGGACUGUUUAACUGCUGUAAUACAUUUUAUGAAGAAUGCAAAGGAAUACGGAGUGGACCCCAACUGCAUUGCCAUUGUUGGGGAGAGUAGUGGAGGCACUUUUGCUGCAGCCAUUUGCCAAGAACUGGUGACCAGAGAGGACCUCCCAAGAGUGCGAGCUCAGGUCCUGAUCUACCCAUUUCUACAAGCAGUGGACUUUGAUUUGCCAUCCUAUCAGCAAAACCAAUCAGUUCCUCCCUUGUUCAGGAAACGAGGGGUUAAAUUGGGUAUGACAUAUCUCACUGGGAAGACAAUGAAUGUAGAUGGAGUUCUGAAACGCGCCCAUGUCCCUCCUGAUUUGAGGGAGAAAUAUCAAAAAUGGAUAAGUGCUGAUAACAUUCCGGAAGAAUUUAAAGCUAGGGCCUAUGUUCCUGUAGAACCUGCUGCAUUUUCAGAAGAACUUUAUGAACAAGUUAAAAGAGGUACUGAGACAAUGUUUGCCCCCCUUCUAGCAGAGGAUGACAUAAUCCGCCAGCUCCCGGAGGCUUUCAUUCUAACCUGUGAAUAUGAUUUUCUUCGGGACGAUGGGCUGUUGUACAAGAAGCGGUUAGAGGACCACGGUGUGCCAGUGACAUGGUAUCAUGUUCAAGAUGGAUUUCAUGGAAUAAUGACCAUGGCUGGUUUGAAGGCAAUUGAAUAUCCGAGCACACAGAAAUGUUUGCAGAAUGUAAUACAGUUCUUAAAAGGUUUAUAGAAAUGAAUGACAUUCUUUGUCUUCCUAUGGCAGUCUUCCCCUUCUGUGGAGGGAAAUAUUGUUCCUCAUUGUGUCAAUCCUGAAGUAAAAAGAAAAAAUCUGAUCAAAAAUUCCACUCUGUUUAAUUUAUUAAAAUCACCAUGGGCUCUAUAAAUACAUAAGCAAAGCCCUACUGGAUCAAGCCAUUGGCUCACUUCACG